AAAUAUAUUCCUCCUCCACUGUCCUUCUCCCUCCCUCCCCGAUUACAAAUACCCCACCAUCCCGGACAGCUCUCCCGCACACUCACUCGCAACUAGCUAGCUCACACACCUCUCAUCUCAUGGUGCUCCAGACCGCUCAGCAAGAACCAUCCCUGACGCGCCCGCCUCGCUGCAGCGUCGCCAGCGCGGGCUCGCCGGCCGCCAUGGACACCAGCCCUGCGACUCCCCUGCUCCUCCAGCCCCCCGCUCCCAGCAUUGACCCCUCCGCCGCCAAGGCCGCCGUCAGCAAGGGCGGCGGCGCUGCCACCGCGGUGUACGACCUCCGGAGGGAGCCCAAGAUCCCCGCCCCGUUCGUGUGGCCGCACGCCGAGGUGCGCCCCACCACGGCGCAGGAGCUGGCCGUGCCGGUGGUGGACGUGGGCGUGCUGCGCAAUGGCGACGCCGCCGGGAUACGCCGCGCCGUGGCGCAGGUGGCGUCGGCGUGCGCGACGCACGGGUUCUUCCAGGUGUCCGGGCACGGCGUGGACAACGCCCUGGCGCGCGCGGCGCUGGACGGCGCGAGCGGGUUCUUCCGUCUGCCGCUGGCCGAGAAGCAGCGCGCGCGGCGCAUCCCGGGGACCGUGUCCGGGUACACGAGCGCGCACGCCGACCGGUUCGCCUCCAAGCUCCCCUGGAAGGAGACCCUCUCCUUCGGCUUCCACGACCGCGCCGGCGCCGCCGCGCCCGUGGUGGUGGACUACUUCACCAGCACCCUCGGGCCGGACUACGAGCCAAUGGGGAGGGUGUACCAGGAGUACUGCGGCAAGAUGAAGGAGCUGUCGCUGAGGAUCAUGGAGCUGCUGGAGCUGAGCCUGGGCGUGGAGAAGCGCGGGUACUACCGGGACUUCUUCGCGGACAGCAGCUCCAUCAUGCGGUGCAACUACUACCCGCCGUGCCCGGAGCCGGAGCGCACGCUGGGCACGGGCCCGCACUGCGACCCCACGGCGCUCACCAUCCUCCUCCAGGACGACGUGGGCGGGCUGGAGGUCCUCGUCGACGGCGACUGGCGGCCCGUCCGCCCCGUCCCCGGCGCCAUGGUCAUCAACAUCGGCGACACCUUCAUGGCUCUGUCGAACGGGCGGUACAAGAGCUGCCUGCACCGGGCGGUGGUGAACCGGCGGCAGGAGCGGCGGUCGCUGGCCUUCUUCCUGUGCCCGCGCGAGGACCGGGUGGUGCGGCCGCCGCCGAGCCUGAGGAGCCCGCGGCAGUACCCGGACUUCACCUGGGCCGACCUCAUGCGCUUCACGCAGCGCCACUACCGCGCCGACACGCGCACCCUCGACGCCUUCACCCAGUGGUUCUCCUCGGCCCAGGAGGCGGCCUGAUCCGCUCGCUCCAUCCACGGGCUGAUUCGCCCCGAGGACCGCGACACGGAAUUUUUGUCGGGAACAGCCCACGUGCGCUCUCAGGUGCGGUGGGCCCGGCCGGGGGUGGCGCCCACGUGGAUUUCCGGCCCCACACCACCUUCCAUUUUUGGACGCUGGCUGGCGUUCCAGUUCCACCCCUCCUAGCCUUUGCUUGUCACGACUCGCCAUAUGCAUGCCCCCUCACCGCCUAGUGUACAUACCAUGGAAAUCAUGGAUAUAUAUAUAUAUAUAAUAUUAAUAUUAAUAUAUAUAAACGCAUUUCUUUCUUUUC